AUGCAGUGGAUCCCCAAGAAUUCGACGUGGUCAAGGUGGAAGCCAGUAAUUCGCAGUGCACUCGCCGCAUGGGUAUCUGCUCUUUUGUUUGCUAUUCCUAAGACAGAGAAUAUAAUGGGACAGGCAAGCUUUCUCAUCAUCAUAGGUAUGUCAAUGGGCUAUUUAUUAAUCCUCAACGACGACACUGACUUGAUUUUCCUUAAAGCUUCGUUUCUCUCGCCUCCCAAUGACCCCUUUAUCGCUGUCCUCGAACGAGAGUUAUUCAUCUUGGCAUUCGUUGCAGCUGGCUGGGCCUGGAGUUGUCUAGCGUUGAAGCUCGGAAGCCUGGUUCGAUCGGAGAUACUGCCUACCGCUAGUCUGCCUAGUAUCAUCACUGGUCAGUAUGUUGAAGCUGCGCCCACAGUUAUACACGGAGUUUUCAUCUUCGUUGGCAUCGCGGUUCUCCUUUUUGUGAAAGCUCGACAAGGUCCCGGGCCGUUUCUUUUUGGUGCCAUCUUUGGAAGCAUAUGUAUCGAUAUCUCACUUACCACAGGGUCUCUCUUCCCUUACCCCUACUAUACUAUCGGAGAAGUCAUUAUUCUUCCGCUUGCCUUUCACUCGGCGAUAGCAUUAGUCCUAUCUAUACUUGUAUUUCCUUCUUCAAUAUCCGCGUUGUUCACUGCUCGCCUACAAGGUGUUCUGGCACCUCUCCAUACCACGAUACGAUUACAUCGUGAUUAUCUUCAAGCGUGUGUCACCUCCGCCGACUUCUCGCCUUCUGAACUGGUGACAGCAAUCGACGCUGCGGAGGGUGCUCUCGCACCACUUGCAGCAGCAGCGCGCCUUUUAAAGAUGGAUAUCAUAUUCGGCCGCUUCGCACCUACGGACUACACUACGGUUCAUCAGUUGAUACGAAGGAUCGCUGUACGAGCAAAUGGAAUGGGUAUGUAUUAUAGUCUCAUAGACCCAACACGAGAGAAGUUUCCUGUUACCCCUGUUCCGUCAAAACCGGCUACUCCCAUUGGCGUGACACCGAUGCCAUCAAGGCCACACUCACCUGAUCGACACUCCCAUGCAAGCCAUCAUGAUAAUCUACAACAUACUCCUGAUCACGCAUCUCAUCUCACGGGACGACAUAAAAGCACUGCAGCUCGGUCGCGACAUCACCAUCACGCCCACUCAAGCUCGCCCUUUCACAUACACCAUCGCCACCCACACCACCGCUCCCAGUCUCACCACCACAAUAUGCUACAUAGUUCUCUUCUCCACCUGGCGUUAUCGCGGACGCCGAGGUCUGAAUUUGCGGUUGGUGUCUUUGAGUCGCAGAGAUACCUCAAUCUUGAAGUCUCCCACCUUUCACACCCCGAGUCUAAUCGUUUCACUGAUCAGGCGACUGGGCUGCUGAAUGCGAGCUGCGCCCAACUUCUGGAGGUCUGUGGGAGCGGGCUAGAGGGUGUGCAGUCAUGGUUGGACCAUGUUCGAGACCAUCGUUUCGAUUUCUGGGUUAGCAGAAGCGAGAAAGAACGCAUACGAAAGGGGGGUGUUCAGAAUUACGAAAGGAUACGAGAUGAGCUUUCCCGCGUUCUUGAUGAUUUUAGGAAGGAUAAAAGAAACAUUGUCCUUGAUCCAUAUCGACCUGCCCUGAGCGCAGACUAUGAUGGCGCAUCAAUUGACAACGAAGUUCCACCUCACAGAUAUCUUUUUCAUUGUUAUGUCUACCAGUAUCAUCUCAUGCAGUUUUCGAUACUUUUGGUUGCAUUGUUCGAUGAGAUCAUCAAGCUCGAGCAACAUAGAAAGCGCAAUAGGCUUUGGGUACCAUCCAUGCCCCUGAAAAAACUUCUUUCCUGGAGCAAUUGGGAUGCUACUGAGAAUUUAGGAAAAGAUGAUGACGAAAAUCCUGGCAUUGUUGCUAACGUAUAUACUCUGUACCGAAUAGAAAUCAUUCCGGGGAUGGAACCUAGUUGGAUGUCUGACCUUGGAAAAGCAGCUCGUCGUGAUCCAGAUGCGUUGCCCCCACGCAAUGCGCUCGAAAUGAUCAUGAACAUAAUAUACCGUGUCUUCACCAAUAUGGGCGGUGGUAACGUAUUAUUCGCAGUCAAGGCAGGAGCUUUGACAGUCCUCUUGAGCUUGCCUUCGUUCUUCAAGUCCACCGCAUCAUAUGCAUAUAAAAAUAAGUUUGUUUGGGCUGUUUUCAUGGGUCAGCUCACGCUUGCGCGCUUUCGAGGAGAUACAACCUUCGGCCUAGUAGCUCGCAUAGGUAGCACAUUUUGUGGUGGAAUCGUGGGCAUGGUGAUGUGGUAUGUCUCCGCAGGUUCUGGUCACGGUAAUCCAUACGGGCUGCUGGCCGUCUUUGCCGUCUGUUUUCCAUUCUUCUUCUUUGCUCGGCUCUACUGGCCAGGCCCACCUAUGGUCAACAUGAUAUUCUUUGUAACGACGGCAUUGGUUGUAGGAUAUUCUUAUCAAGAUACGCACUUGUAUAUCCCUUCUUCUCCUGGAUGGGGUUUCGAUGUGUCAUGGAGGCGUUUCCUCCUCGUUACUAUCGGUGUGACCGCUGCUUGUAUUUUCUCAUUUUUCCCACCCAACACAACAAUUCGAUCUUAUCAGCGAAGGACGUUGGCAACAACAUCAGCGGAGAUCGGUUCUAUUUAUUGUUCAAUAGUCUCGUUCGCAAACAUCCCCAGGCAAGAAGAUGUCCAACAAAUCGUCCAGAGCCUAGUGGCUAUUCGUAGCAAGCUCAGUCGAUCUAUAGUUUUGCGAACGAAUGUCGUUUAUGAAUUUUCACUCCGAGGACAAUGGCCGGCGGAGCGAUACCAGAAGAUCGUGGAGAUACAGCUUGAAGUGGCAUAUCUUCUUUCCCACUUGAUGUCCGUUGUCGAGCACUUGGAGCCUGCAUGGUCCCAUGCAUUUUUGCGCCGGACACGUUUGUUAGAUUCCGAUUUUCAGGGUGAUGUACUUGCUGUCAUCAGUUUGAUAUCUUUUUCUCUUCGUACAGGCAGUCCUUUGCCGCAAAUCACGCCGUGUCCAUUGUUAGAUCGCUUUAUGCUCCGCCACCAUGGACUAAAUGUUAUCCAUCAGGAGUCGGAGGAUGACUACGGACUUCCAAGGACGCUGACCCUUGAGACACUGGAAAAUGAACAAUAUCUGAUAUUUUGCGUCGGUGUAUCCACAGUGUUCGGCAUCGUGACACGCCUAGACCACCUUAUGGUCGCCGUUAAGGAAUUGGUCGGGGAGCAAUAUCACAUUCACGGUGUUGGGCUUGGGCAUCACCGAAAGCCCGCGGGAGUAGAGAUGUCUUCGCCGACGAUCUCCAUGCGACCAAUGCAAGAUGUGUAA